AUGAUUGCUGUUUGUGCUAGUGAUUUUGAGUAUGCUUUAACGGCUUUUAAUUAUGACGAACUCGCCUAUUUGUCUUAUUUUAACCUAGUCCAUGCAUUAGACACAAUUGCUUCUUCGGCUAGCUUAUCUGCUAUUCAAAAGGCACGUGCACAAUCACUAAUUGACAAUUUAUGGGAAUACAUGGAAUUAGGAUUAGAUCUUUCACACAAUUACAAAAAAAUGGAAAAAACACCAUUGUUUAAUUUCAUCUAUUGCUAUGCCAGUGGUCAAGUCAAUCAAACCCGAAAUACAUCUAACAAACGCCAUGGAUUGACUACGAGAGCUUUUCGGCAUGAUUGUAAUUCUUUAUCAAAUGAUGGUGUAUGGCAUAUGCAGCGUUGGCCAUUGGAAUUGAUUCAUUGGCCACAAUUCAACAGUGAUCGCUUGGACGUACAAAUCAACGUACCUGCUCAUUGCUAUCUCCCGCUCAAGUCGUUGCAGAUGUUACCUCCGGACGAACGAUCUGCUAAAAACUUGAACCAAGGAGUCUACGAUUUGGAUGAUGGAGAUGGAUUUAUUGAAACUGAUCCAACUAACUUCCUAUUGGGUUAUUGGGGAAUGCGUUAUUUCAAUUUGUUACAAUAG